GACCCAAAUCUCAUAAGGAAGCCCAAUAACAACCUUUGUGUAGUGUAGCAGUGGCUAUAUCCUUGUCAUUUUAAAGCCCUAAUAUUCACCGGCGGCUGUAAGAAUUCCCGUCGCAGUAAUCAACAAUGGCACCCGCCAAAGCUGUUAGCACAAAAAAGGCAGACCCCAAAGCUCAGGCAGCAAAGGUCGCCAAGGCUGUGAAAUCAGGAUCAACCUUCAAGAAGAAGUCAAACAAGAUCAGAAUGAAGGUUACCUUUCACAGGCCUAAGACAUUGAAGAAGGAGAGGAACCCAAAAUAUCCCCGUAUCAGUGCAACUCCAAGGAACAAGUUGGAUCAUUACGGAAUCCUCAAGUAUCCUUUAACCACUGAGUCUGCAAUGAAGAAGAUUGAGGAUAAUAACACCUUGGUUUUCAUUGUUGAUCUCAAAGCUGACAAGAAGAAGAUUAAGGAUGCCGUCAAGAAGAUGUAUGAUAUUCAGACCAAGAAAGUGAACACUUUGGUCAGGCCUGAUGGAACCAAGAAGGCGUUUGUUCGAUUGACACCAGACUAUGAUGCAUUGGAUGUGGCAAACAAGAUCGGAAUCAUCUAAAAGAGGAACUCGUUUUCUCUGCAAAGAUAGCUCGUUUGACAAUUUUGUUAGCUAUGUUUGUUUUAAAUACCGUUAGUAAUAUUACUGUAGUUGUGACUGUUAAUUU